AGGGGAAAAAUCUUAUUUUCUCUCUCCUCUUUACUUGGAAUUCUGUUCAUCCCGCUCGUCUUCGAUUCAGCAAACCACCGCCCCCCGAAUAAUUUGGUUCAAUGAUUGGGGAGCUUGGCGAUUUUAUAAUCAGUAUUUAAAGGAAAAAAAUUCGGUGGAAAUUUCGGUUACGAGAGCAAUUGAUAGGUGGGAGAGAGAGAGAGAGAGAGAGAGAGAGAGAGAGAGAGAGAAGGGGAUUGCAAAGAUUGAAGCGGUUUCUAUUGUUUUGAUGCGAUUGUGAGAAGCUCAGAAUCUUCGAUCCUUGGUUGGUGGCCUAUCUUUGCAACCGUGUUGUGUUCCACCUUCAACAAUGCCUUCUCUUCAAUUGUUGCAGCUAACGGAGCAUGGCCAAAAUCUUCUGGCUUCUAGGAGGAAAGCACUACUUCUUGCUUCUGGUAUUGUUGUUGCCGGUGGAACUGCUGCUUAUCUGCAAUCAAGGUUUAGUAAUAAAAAAGCUGUUUCAUAUAGUCAUUACAAUGGGGUCCAAGGAAACAGAGACAAUUCAGAUAAAGUUCUUAAAAAGAACAAUAAUGUAAAGGGAACUACACGAAAGAAAGGAGGAUUGAAGUCCCUUCAGGUUUUAACAGCAAUUCUUCUAUCUAAGAUGGGCCAAAUGGGUGCAAGAGAUCUUUUGGCAUUGGUGGGCAUGGUGGUGCUGAGAACUGCUUUGAGCAAUAGAUUGGCAAAAGUUCAGGGAUUUCUAUUCCGUGCUGCUUUUCUUCGGCGUGUUCCAUCAUUUUUCCGGCUAAUAUUCGAAAAUGUUUUAUUGUGUUUUCUUCUGUCGACCAUUCAUUCAACUUCAAAAUACAUAACGGGUACCCUAAGUCUGAGGUUCAGAAAAAUACUGACAAAACUCAUCCAUGCACAUUACUUUGAGAACAUGGCUUAUUACAAAAUAUCACAUGUUGAUGGACGUAUUAGGAAUCCUGAACAACGGAUUGCAAGUGACGUGCCAAGAUUCUGUUCAGAGUUGAGUGAGCUUGUACAGGAUGAUCUGACGGCAGUUACUGAUGGCCUACUUUAUACUUGGCGACUUUGUUCUUAUGCUAGCCCGAAAUACAUAUUCUGGAUUUUGGCCUAUGUUUUCGGAGCUGGAGCUGCAAUAAGAAACUUCUCUCCUGCUUUUGGGAAGCUCAUGUCCAAAGAACAACAGUUGGAAGGAGAAUACAGACAACUUCAUUCAAGGUUAAGGACUCAUGCAGAGAGUAUAGCAUUUUAUGGUGGAGAAAGUAGAGAAGAAUCUCAUAUUCAGCAGAAGUUUAAGACUCUUGUAAGGCACAUGAAGAUUGUACUUCAUGACCAUUGGUGGUUUGGCAUGAUUCAGGACUUCUUAUUGAAGUACCUUGGAGCUACUGUGGCUGUUGUUCUGAUCAUUGAGCCUUUCUUUGCUGGCCAUCUUAGACCAGAUACUUCAACAUUGGGACGGGCAGAAAUGUUGAGUAAUUUAAGAUAUCACACAAGUGUUGUAAUUUCAUUAUUUCAGUCCCUGGCAACCCUUUCUAUAAGUUCAAGACGGCUAAAUCGUCUCAGUGGUUAUGCUGACCGUAUUCAUGAGUUAAUGCUCAUAUCGAAAGAGUUCAGUGCUGAUGAUAAAAAAUCAUCCCUGCAAAGCGCUGGUAGUAGGAAUUACUUAACUGAAGCUAAUUAUGUUGAGUUUUCUGGUGUCAAGGUUGUCACUCCAACUGGAAAUGUUUUGGUGAAAGAUCUCUCUCUAAGGGUUGAAUUGGGAUCUAAUCUUUUGAUUACAGGUCCAAAUGGAAGUGGAAAGAGUUCCCUUUUUCGUGUUUUAGGUGGUCUUUGGCCGCUCGUAUCUGGCCAUAUCGUGAAACCUGGCGUUGGUUCUGAUCUUAAUAAGGAAAUCUUCUAUGUGCCACAAAGACCAUACACAGCGUUUGGAACCCUUCGAGACCAGCUAAUUUAUCCACUUACUGCAUAUCAGGAGGUUGAGCCUCUUACACAUGGUGGAAUGGUGGACCUGUUGAAAAAUGUUGACCUUGACUACCUGUUGGAUCGUUAUCCACCUGAGAAAGAGGUGAAUUGGGGUGAUGAACUCUCUCUUGGGGAGCAACAAAGAUUGGGGAUGGCUAGACUCUUCUACCAUAAGCCUAAAUUUGCUAUUCUUGAUGAGUGCACUAGUGCUGUGACGACUGAUAUGGAGGAACGAUUUUGUGCUAAGGUUAGAGCAAUGGGUACAUCAUGCAUAACUAUAUCACAUCGUCCAGCACUAGUUGCAUUUCAUGAUGUUGUUUUGUCCUUGGAUGGGGAAGGAGGAUGGAAAGUUCAUUACAAAAGGGAGAAUUCGUCAGUACAGAGUGAAGGUGAGAUUGAUUUGACUACAGUUUCUGAGACAGACCGCCAAACUGAUGCAAUUGCAGUUCAACGGGCAUUCACUGCUGCUAAAAAGGACUCUGAAUUAUCAAGUCCAAAGACUAUAUCACAUGUGUCAGAGGUGAUAGCAGCAUCACCCUCUGUGACUCAUGAUGUUAGGUUGCCUAUUGUUCCUCAACUCCACAAGGUUCCAAGAGUACUGCCAUUGAGAGUAGCUGCCAUGUUUAGAAUAUUGGUGCCUACGGUAUUUGACAAACAAGGGGCUCAACUACUUGCAGUUGCUUUUCUCGUUGUCUCGAGAACAUGGAUAUCAGAUCGAAUUGCAUCAUUGAAUGGGACCACUGUGAAGUAUGUUUUGGAGCAGAAUAAGGCUGCCUUUAUCCGUUUAAUUGGUAUAAGUGUUCUUCAAAGUGGUGCAUCCUCUUUUAUUGCACCUUCCUUAAGGCACUUGACAGCUAGGCUGGCCCUUGGAUGGAGGAUUAGGUUGACCCAAAAUUUGCUUAAGAACUACUUAAGAAAUAAUGCAUUUUACCAGGUCUUUCACAUGUCAAGUAAAAGUAUUGAUGCGGAUCAAAGAUUAACUCAUGAUCUUGAAAAGUUAACAACUGAUUUGUCAGGACUGGUUACUGGAAUGGUAAAGCCAUCUGUUGACAUUUUGUGGUUCACCUGGAGAAUGAAGUUGUUAACUGGGAGAAGGGGUGUUGCCAUUUUGUAUGCAUAUAUGUUACUUGGUCUGGGUUUUCUAAGGACUGUUACUCCUGAUUUUGGUGAUUUGACAAGUCGAGAACAACAGCUUGAGGGGACCUUUAGGUUCAUGCAUGAAAGACUGCGCACUCAUGCUGAAUCUGUUGCUUUCUUUGGAGGCGGUGCUCGGGAAAAAGCAAUGGUCGACUCAAGAUUUAAGGAGCUUCUUGAUCACUCUCUGCUUCUUCUGAAGAAGAAAUGGCUGUUUGGUAUUCUUGAUGAUUUUGUCACAAAACAACUUCCGCAUAAUGUUACUUGGUUUUUGAGCUUAUUAUAUGCCCUAGAGCACAAGGGAGACCGAGCCUUAGUUUCUACUCAAGGUGAGCUGGCACAUGCACUGAGGUUCCUGGCAUCUGUUGUGUCUCAAAGCUUUUUAGCUUUUGGUGACAUCCUAGAACUGCACAGAAAGUUUCUGGAGCUAUCAGGGAGCAUCAACAGAAUUUUUGAGCUUGAAGAGCUUCUUGAUGCUGCUCAGUCUGGGGAUUUGAGCGCCAAUAACUUGUUGCGGUCUCAGAGGACAGCUCUCCCCGCUAAAGAUGUUAUUUCUUUUUCGGAGGUGGAUAUAAUUACUCCAGCACAGAAGCAGUUGGCUAGGCAGUUGACAUGUGAUGUGGUACCAGGAAAAAGCCUGCUAGUUACUGGUCCAAAUGGGAGUGGAAAAAGUUCUGUUUUCAGAGUACUUAGAGGUCUGUGGCCUAUUGUGAGUGGAAGGCUUUAUAAACCAUCCCACCAUUUUGAUGAAGAUACUGCAUCUGGUGGCAUAUUCUAUGUUCCUCAGCGACCAUAUACGUGCUUGGGAACUUUAAGGGAUCAAAUCAUAUAUCCUCUCUCUCGUGAGGAAGCAGAGAUGAGAGAAUUAAAGUUGUACGGUCAAGGUAUAAGUCAAGCGGAAGCCAACAUCAUUCUUGAUGCACGUUUGAAAACCAUUCUUGAAAAUGUUCGAUUGAAUUAUCUUUUAGAACGUGAGGAAGGUGGAUGGGAUGCUAAUCUCAAUUGGGAAGACAUUCUCUCACUCGGAGAACAACAAAGAUUAGGCAUGGCGCGCUUGUUCUUCCACAGACCUAAAUUUGGUAUCCUUGACGAGUGCACAAAUGCCACAAGUGUCGAUGUUGAGGAACAACUUUAUAGAGUGGCAAAAGAUUUGGGUAUUACCGUUAUUACCUCAUCACAGCGGCCUGCUCUAAUACCAUUCCAUGCCUUGGAGUUACGACUCGUUGAUGGUGAGGGUAAGUGGGAACUUCGGUCAAUCAAGCAAUGAGUUUGGUACAACAGCAAGCUCUUUGUUUGUGCUCCUUAUGAUGGGUCAAGAAGCGGAGUGCGGUUGAAGCCGACUUUGCUGCUUCACAGCAUCAUAGGGAAGGAUAAGUUGUUUAUCAUGCUGAGAAGAAGGGGCAAGUCAAAGGUGAUGGUAGGUGUUAGUGAGAAUUGUAAUUUACCUUUGAUUAGAACAGAAUAGAACAGAUUAUUACAAAUAUGAUUAAAUGAUAACUUAAUCCGUGUAAGCAUAAAGAAACAUUCAUGUACAGGUUUUUCAUUCCCUCGCAUAUCGCUAUUCUUUUUACCCUUUCUUUUGUGGGAUAAAAAUCCAAUGGCCCUUCAUGUUGUAAGAAUUUGAUGCGUUUGUUAUUGUUCGCCUAAUUAAUAAAAUGGAAGGGAAUAUAUUAUUACUUUCUU